AUGAAUGUGAUAUCGUUAGUAAUAUGGACAUUAGAGAAAAAUUGUUUUAUUGUGUACACGGCUAUGGUUGUUUGCUUCAUUGCGUUCACGUUGUUUCAUAAAAAUAAAUUGGACGCAUAUUACAGAAGGACGGCGAAAAAGGAUAAAUUGGCGCGAAUUGGAACAAGCGGGAAAACUGGUCGUGAUUUCCCAGACAACAGUGAUGAUGACCCCGACUUCAUCAUUUCUGCAAUCCCGGAGGAUACACCACAUAUCCCUUACAAACCCACUAAGAGAACGGAUGACGAGAUUCUCCGGAGAUCAAGAGAGUACUACGAGUUGAUGGCUGAGAGAAGAACCGUCAGGUCUUUCAGCCAGGAGCCAAUACCGCAGGAGGUGUUAGAUAAUCUUAUCAAGACUGCCGGAACAUCUCCAUCUGGAGCUCACACGGAACCUUGGAUUUUUGUUGUAGUUCAAGAUCCAGAAACCAAAGAAGCCAUUAGAAAUAUUGUUGAAGAAGAAGAAGAACUAAAUUAUCAAAAGAGAAUGUCUCGACAAUGGGUGGCAGACUUAAAGCCUUUUGCCACGAAACCUGUUAAGCCGUACCUGUCAGACGCUCCAGCAUUAGUUUUGGUUUUUAGACAAACGCACUCCUGGAGAAAAUAUGGAAAGAAAAAGAUGCAUUACUAUAGUGAUAUUAGUACAGCUAUAGCCGCGGGGUUGCUGAUAGCAGCAAUUCAGUAUUGCGGCCUAGUGGCACUGACUUCAACGCCUUUGAACUGCAAUGCUCGUCUCCGUGACCUACUUUCCAGGCCAGUGAAUGAAAGGCUUGAAUUAUUGCUACCAGUAGGAAGACCACACGAAGAAGCUACUGUCCCAGAUCUUCAAAGAAAACCCCUAAAUGAAAUAAUGAUUAAGGUUUAA